AUGGCGCAAACGGCUGCGCAUUGCUACCAGCACCAGCCUUGGCGGAGCGAGAGAGUUCUGCCAGUGCCGGAAAGGACACCAGCGACUGCGUGGCCGCUUUGGGCCAAACGGGGCCUCCUGGACAGAGGCAAACUGCCGCCCGCGUUGGCGAGGCUCAGCACCCUGGACCGCGACGACCCGGACCAAGGAAGCUUCGCGAAGGUCUUCAGCCGCGCCCCCGCCCUCUUAGCCAUGGCUCUGCGAGCUUACGGGAACUGGCUCUACAAGACUGGCGGGACACUGCACGAACUGCGGCACACAAUACUUGCUGCGCAGAGGCGGUUCAUGAACCUGAAGCCCUUGAGCGGGGUGGCCUGGGAGAUUGUGAGCAGGUGGGAGUACUUGGAGCCGCCGGCCCACCGCGUUCCUAUCCCGGAACCAGUGCUAAAGGCUCUGGUCGCUUUGGCAUGGAUGACUGGAUACUUCGAUUUUGCCGGGGUUACGUUACUUUCGUUUUACGGCCUGGGUAGGAUCGGUGAGGUCUUGAACUCGGACCGCGCCGACCUCCUCUUACCUGAAGAGGACCUCUGGGAUCAAGGCGAGGACGUAUACCUGCGGCUGCGCUCUUCCAAAACGGCCACGAGAGGACGCAGCCGAGUGCAACAUUUGAAGAUUUCAGACAGGCAUGCUGUCGACCUUAUUUCGAAGGCUUUUCGAGGAACCGACCACGGUGCCCGACUUUUCGCCAAGACCCCGUCUGCCUACAGGUACCGCUGGAAUAAGUUUUUGCAGCUGCUCUCUAUCGACAGCGAACUGCGACUGACUCCGGGCGGACUACGUGGAGGCGGGGCAGUGCACUGCUACCGUUUGGGCUUGAGCGUGGCCGACAUCCAGUGGCGGAUGCGGUUGAAGCACCAGGCCACUCUCGAGUUCUACCUGCAGGAAGUCGGGGCCCUGUCGGCCUUGAACCACCUCGGCGACACGUCGUCGAGAAAGAUCCGUGCCGUGGCUGCGACGUACCCUUUCGUCUCGGCGGUUGCGGCUAACCAAUGA